CAUCCCAUUAAGCUUCCACGGAGAGCAUCGCUAUUAAUCAGUCGAUACCCAUCGAUACGACCUUGCGAAAUAACAUCGAGUGAAUUCAAUAGCACAAGCAAUACCAAAACGCCAGGCCGAGUCGACGACAUUGCAUGAAAUAGGAUUGCAUCAAAGAAGUGGCUAGCAUACCAAAUAAUCACGGUGAACUCCAGUAAAUAAGAAGCAGAUAUUUAAAUACAUCCUCGUAUAAGCAUAAUGAAGGUCCCACAAGUUGCCCUCCUUUUUGUCCUUGGGGUCAGCACAACUAGUGCAUUCACUCCCGCGACAAAGGCUUUUGCCACUCAACAGACAUCGCUGUAUAGCAGCACUAAAGCUCAAGAAGAAGCCAUCUUCCAAUCCUUGGACAGAAAUGGUGCUCUCGCCAACGAUAUCGAGGAGCUGAUGAAGGCCCCUGGGUCUUCCAAAUCUAAAUCACCCAAAGCAAUCGAAGCAGAACUGCUCGCGUCUGGAAAAUCGGAUAUCAAAAACUACAUGAAGAAGUUCGAGGGUAUUUCUGGCGCAGCCGUUGUCUACAAAAGUCUUCUCGAUCACGGUGUGGACGUUGUCAAUGGAUAUUCGGGUGGCGCCGUCCUUCCCCUCUUGGAUCAAUUCCAUCCCGAUAAUCCACGACACGCCGAACUCGGAGCAGAACCGAUCCGAUGGAUCACGAAUUCAAACGAGUCAUCCUCAGGACACAUUGCAGAAGGUUAUGCGAAGUCGUACCCCAUCAACGGCGAGCACAAGCCCGUAGGUGUCGUGGUUGCUACAUCGGGACCGGGUGUUACCAACUUGGUCACACCCAUUCAAGAUGGUAUGUGCGAUGGAGUGCCCAUGGUUGUUUUGUGUGGACAGGCAGCCACUACGGCUCCCGCAGAUGCUUUCCAAUCGGCUCCCGCUGUCCAAAUCGCUGAGCCCUGCACCAAAUUCAGUUACCAGAUCAAGUCAGCCGCAGAGCUUCCCUUUGUCAUGGAUUACGCCUUUUACGUGGCUACGAAUGGCCGCCCCGGCCCCGUGUUUAUUGAUUUGCCAAAAGAUUUACAGAACCAAAUCCUCACAUCCGAAAUGAUCGAUGAGUAUGUUGAAUCCAAGAUCCCCGACAAGAAGCACGACGACGCGAUGGGAGUAGCAAGCAUGUUCACUGCUCAACGAGAUACAGGAGAAGCCUUUAAGGCGAUUCGACUUGGCUUCGAAGAAAAGGGACUGUCUUUCGAAAUCAAUGACCAGAAUGACUUGGUUCCCAUCUCAAGCACCACGGACGCAUUCAACGCCGACCAUCAUGUUAGCAACAAAAUUUUCUGGACCACAAAUGCCCUAACCGGAGAACCGAACCCCAUCACCAAGGAAGGUGAUUUGGAGGUGAACGCUGAAAUUACGGAUGACAUCCUUAAAUUUAUCAAGCGAGCAAAGAAACCAAUUAUUAUCGCCGGACAAGGUUGCAACGAUAGUGCCGAAGAGCUCAAGGAGUUUGCCGAAAAGCUGCAGAUUCCAGUUUGUACCACCCUGCACGCACUUGGAUGCUUCGACGAAAGACACGACCUAGCUCUGAAUUUCGUUGGUAUGCACGGCCACCCAACACCGAAUUUUAUGGUGCAGGAAGCAGAUCUAAUUAUCAAUGUGGGUUCCCGAUUCGAUGACCGUAUCACCGGAAGAAUGAGCGAUUUCGUCCCAGGUGCGAGAAAAGCAGCAGAGCUGGGUGUGGGAGGUAUCAUCCACGUUGACGUGCGUCUGACAGAAAAAGCCAAACAGAUCGAACMGAACUUUUUUGUACAUUCUACAGGUAAGAACUUCUUGAGGACAAUGAACAAGGCCCUAUCCCAAGAAGAAGACUUGGUUCCCGAAACCUCGGAGUGGAUCGAAAGAAAGAACGAACUAGAAGCCAAGUAUCCUAUCACUAUUCCCAAGUUCGAACCAGAAACAAUCACAAUGGCCGACGAAAAUGGAGUCGAAAAAACUGCUAUCAAAAAACCACUAUCCGCUCAAAGCGUCAUCAAAGUAAUGGAUCAAGAGCUCCUGAAAGCUGAUAGAAUUGACGAUGCUAUUUUUACAACUGGUGUCGGCAUCCACCAAAUGGUUGCUGCACAGCUAAUCACGUGGACACAACCGAGACAAAUGCUGAGCAGUGGAUCCCUCGGUACAAUGGGAGUAUCGCUUGGUUACUGUAUUGGAGCGAAGCUGGCAAACGACAAAAAAAUCUGUAUUUCCGUGGAUGGAGAUGGAUCGUUUAACAUGACAUUCACGGAGCUCAAGACCGUGGCAGAGCAGGGCAUCCCCAUCAAGAUUUUGCUUCUCGACAACGAGAGCCAGAUGAUGGUUGAAUACUGGCAACGUCUUUUCCACAACGACCGAAAACUUGCCGUCCGAAACAAGAACCCCGACUACCAGACCCUUGCAUCGGCUUUCGGAAUCAGGAGCAUGAUUGCCGAAAGCGAGGACGAACUCGAGGAGAAGAUGCGUGAAUUCCUUUUUGACUAUCCCGACGAGCCCGUCUUGUUCCACGUACGUAUUCGGCGGACACCGUGCUUGCCUCUUGUAGCUCCCGGGCAACCCUUGGAUGAUAUGAUCUUGGAAGAUAUCAACGUUGAGGUAGAUCAAAGUGCUGCACCAAGUUAAACUCCGAAAUACACCAAGGCACCACCGAUGUUGUGGAUGCACUUCUUUGCACUUUUGUCAGCASUAUCAAUGAAACUAUUUCACAAACAAAAUUUAAACCCCUACACUUUUAAACAAAAAUAAAAAUUGACC